AUGAGUUCUGCACCGAAUGGGCGCAAAAAGCGCCCCAGCCGGUCCACCCGCUCCUCAAUCUUCCAGAUCAGCAAGCCCCCGCUGCAGAGCGGGGACUGGGAGCGCAGGGGCAGCGGCUCUGAGAGCGCCCACAAAAGCCAACGAGCCCUGGACGAUUGCAAGAUGCUUGUGCAAGAGUUCAACACGCAAGUGGCCCUGUACCGAGAAUUGGUCAUUUCCAUUGGGGACGUCUCGGUCAGCUGCCCCUCUCUCCGGGCAGAAAUGCACAAGACAAGAACCAAAGGCUGUGAAAUGGCCCGCCAGGCACACCAAAAACUUGCUGCCAUCUCGGGCCCAGAAGAUGGUGAGAUCCAUCCAGAAAUCUGUCGGCUCUACAUUCAGCUGCAAUGCUGCUUAGAAAUGUACACAACAGAAAUGCUAAAAUCUAUAUGCCUGCUGGGGUCUCUUCAAUUUCAUCGAAAAGGAAAGGAGCCUGGAGGGGGAAGCAAGAGUCUGGAUUGCAAAAUUGAGGAGUGUGCUGAAACACCUGCUCUCGAGGACUCCUCGUCAUCCCCUGUAGAUAUUCAGCAACAUUCCUGGCAGGUUUCCACAGACAUUGAGAACACUGAAAGAGACAUGCGAGAAAUGAAAAACCUUUUAAGCAAACUCAGGGAAACUAUGCCUUUACCACUGAAAAAUCAAGAUGACAGCAGCCUUCUAAAUCUAACUCCCUACCCCCUGGUUAGAAGACGGAAGAGAAGGUUCUUUGGGCUGUGCUGUCUCGUCUCAAGCUAG